ACAAACAAACUGCCAAUCUUUCAAAAUUUUUUCCUGAAGUUGGGAAAGUUAAAGUGAUUAGUAUUUGGGUCAAUUCAUGCUAUCUCUCCAUGUCAAAGAAACUGCCUGUCCCAUUUUGUUCACACAGUGCUUUUAUAGUAGAGGGUUUGACAAAACUUGCACUUAACGAAAUUCAGAAAAUCCGGAGCUGAUCCAAUGGAUGUUCUUGGAGAAAAUGAGGCACUGCAGCAGUUUUUUAAUGGACAGGAUGUGAGUGGUGUGUUAGAGAGUGCUGUGGUAGAUACCAGUAUUCUGGAGCAGUAUUUGAGCAAUGAGACAGAUCCCACUUUCAUGUUACCCGAGUCACCACCAGAUUCAGGAUCAGAGCGUAGUUCUCCACCACAAAUACCAGAUUCAAGAUGGUCACCGGAACAAAGCAGCCCGGAUGUGUAUAGCCUGUCAGAAGACUCGUUCCCUCUAUCUUGUCCCUUUAAAGACAGGAAACAUGAUGUUGGCAGACCCCUUGGGAACCACAUUAAAGCCAUUUCACCUGCUUCGCUUCCUCAGUACAGUCUCAACACAAUUGAGAGUUACACACAGGCAACCACGUCCCAUAAUGCACCCAUCCAUGGUGUCCCGCCAUAUACUCAGUGCCCACCGAUGGGACUUCCAGCAAGACAUAUGCCAGCUAAUGCAGCUGCGGCCUCCUCAUGUGUGCCCCAUGCAAUGUGCUCAGAGACAAUGUACCCUUAUGUGCCCCCAAAACAUGAUCAACUUGUAGGAAAUAUCUUACACGAAAAUAAGAAAAGAAGAAGGUCAAACUCUUUUGAGGGGCACACAGAGCAGCGCAGGUGUGCUGACCCAGUUUGGACCAAACCAUCACACUGUCCAGAAAGUGGAUCAUAUGAAGCACAGUGUUAUGACAGUGACACAGCUGGUGGAAGUCCAGUGGGCAGUGUGCACCAGCUGCUCACAUGGGACCCGUAUCAGCCCAGUCAGUGGUGCUCACUCCACAAUAGCAGAUCUGAAAGCCUACCACCUCCAGGUUACCAUGUGGACACCGAUAAGGGUUUCAGUUACUCCACAGCUGAUGAAGCCUUUGUGUGUCAGAAGAAGAACCACUUCCAGGUGACAGUUCACAUAGGGAUGGUUGGCGAUCCUAGAUUUGUCAGAACGUCAGGAGGUCUCAUGCCCAUAGAGAGCUUCCACGUGAAUGUGUUUGGGGUCAAGCUUGAAGCACAGAACCAUUUCAUCACUAUAGAGCAGUCUCAGUCAGACCGCAGCAAGAAGCCUUUCUUACCAGUCAGAGUAAAUUUGCCAGGAGACAAAAUCACAAAGGUGACAUUAGGACGGUUACACUUCAGUGAAACCACAGCAAAUAACAUGAGAAAAAAGGGCAAACCCAAUCCUGAUCAGAGGUACUUUAAGAUGGUGGUUGCUCUGUAUGUUACAGUGAAAGAGGAACGUUUUCUGCUGGUUGCUAAUGUUUCUGAAAGAAUCAUCGUUAGGGCCUCCAAUCCUGGUCAAUUUGAGAAUGAUAGUGACAUGCUCUGGCAAAGAGGACAGACCCCUGAGUCCGUGGUGUGUCACGGGAGGAUUGGCAUUAACACAGACAGCCCUGAUGAGGCUUUGGUGGUUUGUGGGAAUGCCAAGAUAAUGGGCAACGUUAUGCAUCCCUCAGACAGAAGGGUCAAACAAAACAUUCAGGAAGUGGACUCAACGGAGCAGCUCAAGAGGAUCGCUCAGAUGAGAAUUGUGGAAUAUGAUUAUAAACCAGAGUUUGCCUCAAGGAUGGGAAUUGAUCAGCAUCACGAAACGGGAAUCAUAGCGCAGGAAGUCAAAGAACUCCUGCCUUCGGCUGUAAGGGAGAUGGGCGAUAUCACUUGCGUAAAUGGGGAAAAGAUUGAUAAUUUUCUCAUGGUGGACAAAGAGCAGAUUUUUAUGGAGAAUGUAGGUGCUGUGAAGCAGCUGUGUAAACUCACAGAUAACCUUGAGACUCGUAUUCAGGAGCUUGAGGUCUGGAACACACGCUUGGCCAAGCUGAAGAGGCUGGGUAGCAUGCGGUCCAACAGUGGCCCUUCUGCUAAAGGGAAAAUCAACAAAAACAACACACUCCAUUCGAAACUUCCACCGCCAACGCCACCACAGUCAAGCACAAACUACUUCUGUGGGAGAUAUCACAACUGUCUUCAACACAGAGUAUUCCAAGCUAGUAUCAUCAUGCUAGUAACAACCAUGGCUCUUUGUGUUAUUUCUAUUACUGCACUUCAUAUGUUGACAUUACAAGAAGACAUGGACUUCAAUGACAGUUUCAACAACACCAACGUUAUGCCAACUUAUUCCACAACAGCAGCAUUGACUACAGUGUUCUCCACCACCUCUUCUCGUCCCUGGCCUCCAGACAUUGAUGUCUCCAAUGUGUUUUAUUCAGAUGUGGUCUACUGCUGUCCUUCAACUUUAAUUUAUAAUCAUAACACCCAACUGACAGACACAACUGUCCCCUCUGAUGCUCUGUCACAUGUAAUCACCAAUCUGAGAAAAACACAGAAAGAGAAGUGGUUAGAAAAACUACCGGACAAAGUGAAAAAUUCUACUGACUGGACAAACACAACUAUAAAGUCCAUCCUCGUAACGCAGAAUCAACAAGUUAUAGAUAAGCAGUACUGUCAGCGGGAGAAUUGCGGGAAAGGAAACUACACCUACCUCAUUCCCCUCAGUAAACACAUCCCACCCAACAUGCCCAUAACCCUCCAAAUGACCACAACUGAGUUGUUGGUGAUUCACCUGUGCUCACAUGAUGAGAGCGAGCAGUGCUCUUCAGUACUUGACUACAAUGGCCCAGUGUCAAACACUGCUCUCAACACACAGGGCUACAUACAUAAAUGGACACUGGCAGUGGCAAAUCACUACCGUGCAUCUUACCAUUUGCGCUCUUCUGUUGCUGGUUUGGCAGAUUGUAACACCGAUCUGAACUUUGCAGAAGUUUUAUUUACUGACUACCACUUCCAGUUCUUCCGUCGCUGUGACUGAUCAACACCCUUCAAGAGCAACAUCCAGUGAUUUGAUCGCAUUAGUCAAAUGGAGGCUGUAAAUUAUAUCCUAUAAAGAGUCUUUUCAAGUUUUUCAGGGCAGAUCUUGUGUUGUUGCUGAAAAAAAAAAAAAACAUUUGAAAUAUGUUUGAUAGUAGUUUAUUAUUUUCAUGGUGUUUUGAAAUCAGAAGGAAACAUCUGAACUCCAAAUAAAAGAGUAAAGCAGGUCUUCAAAUAUGAUUUGACAUGUAUAUAUUUCAACAAUAAAGAGAUGAUUGUUGUUUUGUACUGAACUACACAAUCAGGUAAUCUUUUACUCUGAUACUCACACUCACUUGUGUUCCUGUACUGAACUGAGCACAUUAUGUAAACCUGUGUGCAAUGAUUUUGACCAAACAUAUGAUUGUUUCAGAAGUCAAAUUGUUUUUACAGCUAAAGACUUUUAUUAAUUUAAGGUUUUCUCUAAAUAUCGAACA